CAACGGACCGAGAUACCGGAAGUUAAACAUUCUCGACGUUCAUGCGGCUCCAUGUUGACAACAAAAAAAAGUGUUUCUGAACUUUUUUAUUAGCAGUGAUUCACCGCGAACAUUUACAAGCUUCAAACUAAAACAUGUCCGACAACGAAGAUAAUUUCGACGACGGAGAUUUUGAUGAAGGCGAAGAAGAUGAGGGAUUAGAUGACCUGGAAAACGCCGGAGAUGAGGACCGGGAGAACGUGCAGAUCUUGCCCGCAGGACAGGGGCCGCAGGCCAACCAGAAGAGGAUCACAACACCAUACAUGACCAAGUAUGAGAGAGCCAGAGUGCUCGGGACACGCGCUCUCCAGAUAGCGAUGUGCGCUCCAGUCAUGGUGGAGCUGGAGGGAGAAACGGACCCCUUGCAAAUAGCUAUGAAAGAGCUCAAGGGCAGAAAGAUCCCGAUCAUCAUCCGCAGAUACCUUCCUGAUGGGAGUUAUGAGGACUGGGGCUGUGACGAGCUCAUCAUAACUGAUUAAACCACUCAUCCCGUCUGAACUGAUUAAUUUAAUAUAUGCUGGUUCACUCCCACCAUCAUAUCAGGUCAGUCAGCCACACAAACCCGGAAGAUUCCUAAGGCCGGUCCCAGCAUCGCCCACCAGUUCAUGCCUCAAUUUGAUCCGCAAACAUCCAUUGCAUCGGGUGACUCUGUGAAAUAUAAAUAUAUGAAGUGUGUUGAAUUCACACUUGAAGAAUAAUUCAAAUCAAAACACUUGCCAGUUUAUGAUCUUGUGAUCUGACUUUUUUUAGUUUCAUUGUGUUGUGUAAAAAAAUCCAGAGUUCUUAUUUACUAGUUGCAUUAUACCGAAGAGCCACAAGGGGGAAAUGUAACUUAAGUCUGACAUUUACUUUGUUUUACAAAAUAAACCUAUGUGGUAA